AUGGCGGCGCUCUACCGCCGUCUCCUCCUCCUCCGCCGCCUCUCCCAGCCCCGCCUCCUCCCCUCCGCCCCCAAGCCGGCUCUCGCCUCCGCCCUCCUCUCUCCCUCCCGCCACCUCUCAUUCGCCUCCGCCGAGGACGCCGCCGCCGAGCGCCGCCGCCGGAAGCGCCAACUCCGCAUCGAGCCGCCGCUCCACGCCCAGCGCCGCGACCCCUCGCACCGCCCGCCCCCGCGCGACCCCAACGCGCCCCGCCUCCCCGACACCACCUCCGCGCUCGUCGGCCCGCGCCUCAGCCUCCACAACCGCGUGCAGUCCCUCAUCCGCUCCGGCGACCUCGACGGCGCCGCCGCCGAGGCCCGCGCCGCCAUCCCCACCCGCGUCCGCCCCACCGUCUUCACCUGCAACGCCGUCGCCGCCGCCAUGGUCCGCGCCGGCCGCCACGGCGACGCCGUCGCGCUCUUCGACUCCUUCUUCCGCCGCCACGGCGCCAUCGUGCCCAACGUCGUCUCCUACAACACCCUCAUCCUCGCGCACUGCGAGGCCGCCCGCGUCGACGACGCCCUCCAGGCCUACCAGGAGAUGCUCGACGGCGGCGUCACCUCCUUCGCCCCGUCCGCCGUCUCCUACCGCCACCUCACCAAGGGGCUCGUCGCCGCCGGCCGCAUCCAGGACGCCCUCGAGCUCCUCCACGCCAUGUUCCACCGCGGCCACGGCGCCGACUCCAUCGUCUACAAGAACCUCAUCGACGGGUACAUCAGCGUCAACAACUGGGACAAGGCCUUCGAGCUCUUCGACGAGCUCCGGGAGAAGGCCGCCGUCUACGACGGCGUCGUGCACACCAGCUUCAUGGAGGGGUACUGGAACAAAGGCAUGGACAGGGAGGCCAUGGAGAAUUACAAGUCUCUGCUCGACAGGAACUUCAGGAUGACGCCCGCCACCUGCAACGUGCUGCUCGAGACGCUCUUCGAGCACGGCAAGCGCGCCGAGGCGAACGACCUGUGGGAGACCAUGAUUGACAACCACACCCCGCCCAGCUUCAUCGGCAUGAACAGCGAGUCCUACAACGUCAUGGUCAACCAGUGCUUCAAGGAGGGCAGGUUCCGUGAGGCGGUCGAGGUGUUCCACCGCCAGCCCAGGCGGAACGUUCAGAUGGACGUCGGCUGCUUCAACAACAUCAUCGGGAAGCUCUGUGAGAACGGGAUGGUUGCGGAGGCGGAGAAGCUCUUCCAGGAGAUGGAGAGCAAGUCGGUGCUUCCAGAUGUGUACACCUACACUUACAUGGUCGACUCGUGUUUCAAGGAAGGCCGUGUGGAUGACACGCUGCAGUACUUCUACAAAAUGGCGGAUGGAAGGGAGCAUGGCCCAAAGUUCAAUAUCGGCUUCUUCAAUCGGAUGUUUCAAGGACUAUCAGAAGCUGGGCGGGUCGAUGAUGCUUUAAAGGUCUACGGAAGGAUGCCUGACAAGGAGAUCAAGCCGAACACGACCACAUUUGAAAUCCUGGUUAAGGCAUUGUGCAAGGAAGGGGAAUUGGAUAGAGCACUGGAACUGGUCAGGGAUAUGGCAAGGAGUGGAGUUGUCGCUCCUCCUGAGUUCCGGGAGACUGUCGGUGAGAUUUUCAAGAAUGCCGAUCGGCACGAAGAGAUGGAGAAAGCUUUUGAAGAAAAACCAGUGCCACUGCCUCCUAAGCCAAGACCAGAGGCGCGCCCUCACAGUUCACCCCAGGGGCUACCAGGAUUUGCAUCUAAUCAGACACGGGGCAGCUACACACCUCACCAAGGCCAACCAGGCUAUAGUUCUCCUCAACCAUUCCAUCCUCGCAAUGCUGCAUCUCAAGUGCGGCAACCCGAGUGGAUGUCUCCUAAACCUCAGCAGCCUGUGUUUGGAAACCAAGAGGUUAAAAAAGAAGAAGUUGCUGCUCGAAAAAUCUUCCUCCCGACGGCGGACCAGUUCCACCACCAUCCCACCUCCCGCCCCCACGUCCUCCCCUCAUCUGAUUCCCUCCACCCCUACUCAUGA